CUCUUCUUGUUUGGGCACUUUUUCUCCUAAGAGAUCCUUAUGAGACGGCAAUUUCCACAGUAACUCACAGAUACUUUUCUCUUUAUUAGUGUGUUUUUGUUCAACCCAAGUCACAUUCAGCUGGUAUUCUUAUGUUUAGCUGUAAGUCUGUGGAAAAUGGGGGGCAACCACACUUCUGUCACAGAGUUCCUCCUGGUGGGAUUCCCGCUCAGCCUAAGGAUGCAGGUGCUCCUGUUUGGGCUCUUCUCCGUGUUCUAUGCCUUCACCCUGCUGGGCAACGGGGUCAUCCUGGGGCUCAUCUCACUGGACUCCAAACUGCACACCCCCAUGUACUUCUUCCUCUCCCAGCUGGCCACUGUCGACAUAGCCUAUGCCUGUAACACAGUGCCCCAGAUGCUGGUCAACCUCCUGAGCCCAGCCCAGCCCAUCUCCUUUGCUGGCUGCAUGACACAGACCUUUCUCUUCUUGACUUUUGCUCUCACCGAAUGUAUUCUUCUGAUGGUGAUGUCCUACGAUCGGUACGUGGCCAUCUGCCUGCCCCUUCGGUAUUCUACCAUCAUGAGCUGGAGACUCUGCAUCACCCUGGCAGUGGCUUCCUGGACUGUAGGACUCCUCCUCUCCAUACUAUCACUGGUGUUACUCUUACCUUUGCCCUUCUGUGGGCCCCAGAAAGUGAACCACUUUUUCUGUGAGAUUUUAGCUGUUCUCAAACUUGCCUGUGCAGAUACGUACCUUAACAAGAUUGUGGUUUUGGCAGGGUCAGUGUCAGUGCUGGUGGGACCACUGUCUGCAAUUGUGGUUUCCUAUGGUCACAUUCUGCAGACGACCCUGAAGAUCCAGUCAGCAGAGGGACGCCAGAAAGCUUUCUCCACCUGCUCCUCCCACCUGUGUGUGGUGGGGCUGUUUUAUGGCACAGCCAUUAUCAUGUAUGUUAGACCCCACCAUGGGGACCCCCAGAAGCAGAACAAGUACCUCCUCCUGUUUCACAGCCUCUUCAAUCCCAUGCUGAAUCCCCUGAUCUACAGUCUGAGGAACAGGGAAGUCAGCGCUGCUCUGAGAAGGAGGCUGGGAAAGGGGAGACCUUUGUGAGAGCCUCACAGAUAGAAAGUAACUGAACUUAUGGGGACCUGAGAAGUCACCCCACCUGAUACUCAGGAUACAUAGACAUGCUCUAGGCCUAGGGCAUCCUUUACAUGUUCUUGAACUUCUCCUGUGACUACCUCCCGAGAAAGCCCAUUCUGGUCCCUCCCUUUGAAGAUGGUGCACAAGGAAAUGAACCCCUCUUCUGGCUCUCUGCGUGGUGUGCACAUUUGUAAUAUGGUCGUGAAGGAUAUUCCAAAUAGAGGAAAUAAAUUUAUACAUUCCGUAAUCAGGACUUGUAGACCAAAUUUCAUUGUAGAAAACAAGGUAUUGGCAGAAUAUUUAAAAUAAAGGAAUUGAGACUGAUUACAUAGCAAUUAUUAAAGUAUUUUAAAUUUAGCAACUGUCAUCUUCAAAAACUGGGUC